AUGGAUAAAGAGAGGUCAUACAAUCUCUACAAAACACCAAAACGGCUCAGGAAAACGAGAAUGUCUGGAGAACUGUCCAAGGAUAUCAACAUCAAGGAGCCGCAAUGGGACCAGGGUACGUUCAUGGGGCGCGCCAAGCACUUCUUUAUGGUCACAGAUCCCAGGACCGUCCUGCUGUCGUCAAAGGCUCUAGAGGAGGCCAGGGUCAUUGUGGAAGAUUACAGAGCUGGUGUAGUAAAACCAGGCCUGACUGAGGAUGAACUCUGGAAAGCCAAGUAUGUGUACGACUCAGCUUUCCACCCGGACACCGGGGAGAAGAUGUUUGUGAUUGGUCGGAUGUCUGCUCAGGUGCCCUGUAACAUGACCAUCACCGGCUGCAUGCUCACCUUUUACAGUUGUUUCUUCUUAGUGUCGCUAUUGUCGCUCAGUUGGUGGGCGACAGUAGCUCAGUUGGUAGAGCAGUGGCAUUUGGGCCUGAAGAUUGUGGGUUCAAGCCCAUCACGAGACCUACUUCACGACUCCAACUGA